AAGAGAGCGUCGGGAACUUUGGAAUAAGUAUUUUGAAGGAGGAGUGGUCACAGCAAGUUUACUGCAGAGUCAAAAGCAUUUCUGGAAGAUGUGGAUAAUUCUGCACAAGAAGAAAGCAAGAAGGUAACAUUUCAAUGAAAACCAAGAAGAGAGAAAUACCAUAACAAAACCAUUUAUUGUAGCCGGAUUCUCAAGAAUAACGAAGCAAUAAGUGAAAAACAAAAUCAUAUCUUCACUCAGAUCCAACCUGGAAGUAGAAUUAAUCAGAUUUCAGAUAUUCAGAAGACUGUACUGCCUAAAACCAGAAUAUGAAUUGGAAACUUGUGAGCCAUCUUAUGACAAUUGUGUUUAUUAAGAUAAUAGGCACAUCUUUGUUCCUUUUCUAUUUUUCACAGAUUUUUCACAAAGCCUCCAACACCUCCAACACCACCUCAAAACCAGAGAAAGACUGCUCUAUAAGAUGGGUACCUUUUGAUGGCAAGUGCUACUAUUUUUCUGCUGUAGAAAAGACAUGGGAUGAAAGCAAACAGGACUGUGCACAAUCAAAUUCUCAUCUUGCAAUAAUCAACAACAAUGCAGAACGGAUGUUCCUGCAGAACAAAACACAAAAUGCGCACUACUUCUUUGGUCUGACUCACAAAGGACAGUGGACAUGGAUGGACAAUACAAAGUUUGACCCUAACAUAUUUAAAAUAUUUCAUAUGGAAAAUUCUGACUGUGCCUUGGUUGGAUUUAAAGGAUUUAGUUCCCAGUCUUGUUCUGUGUCAAGCCGCUGGAUUUGCGAAGAGAAUGAAUAAGGAUUUCCCAAAUGAAUGGGAAAUUAUUUCUCAGCUAAGAAACUGCUGAAACUGAACUCUUUUUCCAUAUGCUAUGAACUCUGGAGGGGCAUCCAUAUCUUCAUUCACGUCGAAAGUUGCAUAUAGGUACUGAGUAGCAGAGCACUACAGUGUGCAUGCAAAUGUACUUCUGUUUGCAUAGCUGCAUCUACCUUAAUAUAUGUCAACCUGUCUUGAUGUGGACUCUUACUUCAGUUGUCCCCACAAACAGCCAUUCCACCAGAUGACCAAAGAAGGAGCAGACAUGGAAGGGAUCUUUCAUCACUGGUGAAUGAUUCCUGUUGCGUCUUCCUCUUCUGAGGAGGAGUUGGAAGAGGAGAAUGCUGAAGAGGAAGGGGCUGGGGACUCUGGGCAGAUGGUCAGGCCUGCUCAGGACGAAGAAAAAGAAGAGGGAAGCACACUGGCUGUUCCUACUUUUCAAGAGCAACAAGCAAAACAUAGAUUGGCCAGGAUUGCUGCAAAAAUUUACAGCGAUCACACCAUUCCCUAGAAACACGUAUGCUAUGGGUUGAGAACUAUAAAUCAGGAGCAGGGGAAACAGUUGUUGCUGGCAGCAACUGAUCCAAUUACCUAGUCUUUGUUCCUGUAUCUGUUCCAGCAAGAAGCCUUGUCUUUGUAAGUGUUUUGCCUUGAGAAGAAACUACCAAAGACUUUACUUUGUUUAGCCAAGAGACUUUUACCUUGUUUUGUGUACUUGCCUUUUGUAUUUUAUUUUGCUACUUUAAACUUUGAUGAAGUAAAA